AUGAAUUUCACAUGCAACUCGACCCUGGAGGAUCUUAGGAUCCUCCCCGGAUCCGAGAAGAUCAUCGUAGGCGACCUGAACUUCCACGAACUGGCCCUCAUCAUUGCCGCCGUGACAGCUGGCCUCGCCAUCAUCAUGAGCCUCUAUCUGAUCAUGAUGCAUGCCAUGCACUACACCAUGCCCCACGAGCAAAAACACAUCAUCCGCAUCCUGUUCAUGAUCCCCGUCUACGCCACGUCGUCAUACCUCUCCCUUCGCUACUACUGGCACGCCAUAUACUUCCAAGUCCUUAGCGACGCGUACGAGGCCUUUGCCAUCUCGUCCUUCUUCUCAUUGCUAUGCCACUACAUCAAGCCCGACCUCCACGAGCAAAAAGACUAUUUCCGCGACAUGCAGCCCAUAGUGCCGUGGGUAUGGCCCCUCAACUGGUUCGCUAAAUGCUGUGGCGGCGAGAGGGGCCCCUGGCGCACGCCGAGGAGCGGCCUCACUUGGUUCAACAUCAUCUGGAUUGGAAUAUACCACUACUGCUUCAUCCGCGUCGCCAUGACCAUAUCGGCCGUCGGCUCGCAGUAUUUCCACCGCUAUUGCGAGAGCUCCAACAGCCCCGUGUUUGGCAAAAUCUGGAUCACCACAAUCAAUGCCUUGGCUGUGACCGUCGCCAUGUACUGCGUUAUCCAGUUUUAUGUGCAGUUGCGCAACACGGAACAACUGAAGCCCAACCAGCCCUUCCUCAAGGUGUUGUCCAUCAAGCUCGUCAUUUUCCUCUCCUUCUGGCAGUCCACCGCCAUCAGUCUCGGCACCAGCACGCUUAAUCUGGUGCACCCCGGCGACGUGCUCGCCUAUCCGGACAUCAAAGUCGGCAUUCCGUCACUGCUCCUCUGUGUCGAGAUGGCCGCCUUCGCCGUCCUCCACCUCUGGGCCUUCCCCUGGCGAGUCUACAGCGCACGCGGGGGUGGCGUGAAGCAGGGCGGCUUUCUGGGCCUGCGCGCCCUUUGGGAGGCCGUCUUCAUCUGGGAUGUGGUCAAGGGCUUCGGCCGUGGCAUGCGCUGGCUGUUCGUGGGUGUCAAGCACCGCCACAUUGAUGUUAGUUACCAAGCGGCGCGCAAAGACAGCACAACAGCAGUCAACAUGGACGACCUGUCUCCGCCAGCCACGCACGGCGGCGGGAGCGAGGGCAAAGGCGGCAGCCCCUUUUACGCGGCCAACACGAGCUACGGCGGCGGCAUAGGCAUGUCGCAGAGCGCCGCCAGCAGCACGGCACAUCUCCCCAUCGCCCAGCAGUUCCUUGCCACCCGCUUCGGCGGCAACGGCAACCAGUCCCGCGACGAGCGCGCCGGCCUGAUCCAAAACGCCCAGCCCUAUUACCACCACGAUCCCACCCCCUUCGACGGCCACGGCUCCCCUCCGAGCAACUGGCCCGUCCCCGAUGCGCCGCUGCCCCCGCCACAGCAGCUCUACUACAACGCGCGGCCGCCCACGGCGCCCGUCCCCUUUUACGAGGCCGGCGGUCGGCGCAACUCGCUGUCGACUGUCGACGAGGAGGCCCAGCUGCAGCCGCGCCCGCAAAGCUCGUCCCGGCAGCACUCGCGCAGCAACAGCAGCAGCAGACACUCACGCAGCAACAGCGGGAACAGGCUCGGCGCCUACGAUGACGCCGACUACAGCCGCAUGUACAAUGCCCAGCAGCCGCAGCCACAGUCGAAUCCGAGGAACUCCACACAGCUCAAGAUCGGCAACGCGCUGUGGGGGCAGCGUGGACCACCGCCGCCGCCAGCGCCGGGGAGGUGA